UUAUUCUACUAGCGUGUUGAGAACGAAUCUAACAAUCAUGACUGGAAGAGGCAAAGGAGGAAAAGGYCUAGGRAAAGGAGGCGCYAAGCGUCAUCGYAAGAUCCUUCGGGAUAACAUCCAAGGAAUCACCAAGCCCGCCAUCCGUCGUCUUGCUCGUCGUGGUGGAGUCAAGCGUAUCUCUGGCUUGAUCUACGAAGAGACCCGAGGUGUACUCAAAGUMUUCCUYGAGAAUGUGAUCCGUGAUGCUGUGACCUACACCGAGCACGCCAAGAGAAAGACCGUCACUGCCAUGGACGUCGUCUACGCUUUGAAACGCCAAGGACGUACUCUGUACGUCAAGAAAAUGCCGCCAAAACCCGCUGGAGGAAAGAAAGGUGAAAAGAAAGCCGGCAAGAAGGCCGCGCUUGGUGACAAGAAGAAGAGAUCACGAAGGAGAAAGGAAACCUAUUCCAUCUACAUCUACAAAGUCAUGAAACAAGUCCAUCCCGACACUGGUAUCUCAAGCAAAGCCAUGUCCAUCAUGAAYUCCUUUGUUCAAGACGUCUUCGAGCGUAUUGCUGGUGAAGCUUCCCGCCUCGCUCACUACAACAAGAAGUCAACCAUCACAUCUCGUGAGAUCCAAACCGCUGUACGUCUUCUUCUUCCCGGUGAAUUGGCCAAGCACGCCGUCAGUGAAGGCACCAAGGCCGUCACCAAGUACACCAGCAGCAAGUAAACAGUUAACUGUUUGCUAUAAAACAACGGCUCUUUUAGGAGCCACCACAUGAAUCGAAAGAUCAUGACCAAAUGCUUAUAAAAUCACAAUAUCCCCCGUAAAAGAAAGCUGAGCAUCUACUAUCUUUUGUUGUGGUCAUAGCAGACAUUGAAAGUUCUUUAAAAUUAUGCGUURUAUUUAGAGUUUUCCUUGAGCAGUGAUUUGAAUACAGAAAACGUUUUGAUUACCAUGCACGCUAAUAAUUAUCGUUCUCGGCGUCCUAUGUAUUUUGGCGCCAAARCUGAAACCAACCGUCACAACAAUGGUCAAAGGGUCAAAGUCACCGCCAUUAGUCACAUKCAACGUCUUCCAUCUUUCUUUAUAUUAACAUAUCCGUUUAUGUGAUUUGAACAACAUCUGUCAUUACUGCUUUAGAGGUAGCCUGUGUGAGAAACGGAUGUACACAGCUACUUUAGAGGGUGUAGAUAUU